ACGCGCUCGUCGGCAGGGCCUCUGGCCUCUUACCAACGAUGGCGGAGCUGGGUGAGGCGGACGAAGCGGAGUUACAGCGCCUGGUGGCGGCCGAACAACAGAAGGCGCAGUUCACUGCACAGGUCCAUCACUUCAUGGAGCUAUGCUGGGAUAAAUGUGUGGAAAAGCCAGGGAAUCGCCUAGACUCUCGCACUGAAAAUUGUCUCUCUAGCUGUGUGGACCGCUUCAUUGACACUACUCUUGCCAUCACCAGUCGGUUUGCCCAGAUUGUACAGAAAGGAGGGCAAUAGGCCAUCCCCUGGGAGAAUGACAGAGGAAGCAAAGAACUUGUUAUUAAGCAGACUGAAGAGCCAGUAGGAGGUUGUCAACCCAUUGUCAGGUUAGCAUCAGGCUGUUACCAAGUCUGUUGGUGCUAAAAAGUAGGGGAUCAAAUGUUCAAAAAGUGAAACUUAUUUAUUUGGAAUUCCGAAAUUCCAAUUUGUAUUGCAUCAGUUAUUCAAUAAAUGUGAAUUCUCCAACUUUUUUUUUUAAUCCCAUUUUGGGAUUUAAUAGAUAUUGCUAGUUGGUAAGAACACUAAAAAUAAAUGUUCCACAGCCAGUAA